AUGGGCGCUGCCUACUUGACGUACAUCAACUUCUGCAUCUUCAUGGGCAACCUCGGAUUCUUCUCCAACGCCUUCUUCGGAUUCAUUCUCGUUUACACAACUCUCUUUUUCAUCAAACGGCAGUUCGGAUCUUACAAGUACUUGCUCAUCAACUUCCAAAUAUUGGGAUUCGUUUUUGCCUCGUUCGAAUUCCUUUUCCAUACGGUAAUCGAGAACUCUCAUCUAUUCACACCGUUUUUGUUUUCAGUUUCUGCACACCUACAAUUCCAGUUUGAUCUACUUCAGUCUUUCCCGCCCGUUGGGCGUCUCGAAUCUAACGAUGGAGUAUGGAAUGGCCAUUUACACGGGCCUCUAUUCGGCGACCAUUUGCCAGCUGGCAAUUCAGUUUCUCUACCGCUACUGGGCGAUCUUCGACACUCCGAAACUGUUGUAUUUCAACGGAUGCAAAUAUUUGAUCUGGAUCUUCUACUACACAUUCUUCGGCUUUCUCUGGGCCUACGCAGUCGGACACUUCUUCGCCCUCGACGAUUUCGGCCGAGAGUAUUUGGCCGAUGAGAUUCUGUUGCGCUACGAGCGGAACAUAACGGAUCUUCCUGUGCUCGGCCUGAUUGCCUAUGAGAAGGACUCGAUCCGCUGGAAGAACGUGUUCGGGCUGUCCAUAAUGACGACGAUCUCCGCCAUUCAAUACUGCUCCAUCAUCAUUUGCGGUCACAAAUGUACAUCGGAAUGCGCACCAAGCUCUCCGUCCUUUCGCCCAUGGUUCGCCGCCUUCAUCGACAAUUCUUCAGAGCUCUCGUGAUUCAGGCAUGCUUGAGUUCACGGAAAGAAAACCCCUAUGACUAGCAUUUUUCCAGAUCACUGCGCCGACUAUCAUCCUCUUCUGUCCUGUGUUCUUCAUGAUCUACGCACCGUUUGCGGAUCUCGAAAUGAGCUUCCCUUCGUGCAUUAUUCAGAGCGGCUUCACAGUGUACCCGGCAAUCGAUUCAAUAAUCAUGAUGAGCUGCGUUUCCGAGUACGGAAGGGCUUUCAAGAGUAGGCGGUCCUUUGUGGAAAGGCAAAACUGUGUUUUUUUAAAGGAAUCUUUAUGAAAACAAGGGAAAAGUAUGCGGCAGCGAAGACUCCAACUCCAAAGACAUCGAACUCACACACCAAGAGUCAGACCACUAAACUUUGA